UGCUAUCCCUCAGUGUUUCCGUCUGACUUUUUAGAGAGAUUAGAGAGAAGCGGUCCUCAACUGUAUCCAGUUAAACCUCGUGGAUUUUUCACCGUUACACGCUGAUCACCGUCUCUGAUCCUCUUCCGGAGGCUCAGCAGCAGAGAGUUGGCGUGAAUAGGAAAAAGAGGGGGUGCACUUUCUGGACAAGACAUGGAUGUGGAACGCGGAUUCUACCGUCAAGUGGAUGUCCAGGCUCAUGCUCAUUACAUCGUCGCCUUUUUCGUCUUCGUGAUUGGAGCAGUGGGGGUAACUGGGAACGCAUUAGUCAUGUACGCCUUCUUCUGUAACAAGAAACUACGGACACCUCCCAACUUCUUCAUCAUGAACCUGGCAGUCAGUGACUUCCUCAUGGCGAUCACACAGUCACCCAUCUUCUUUGUUAAUUCCCUUUACAAGGGUUGGAUUUUUGGUGAAACAGGCUGUAAAAUAUACGCCUUCUGUGGCGCUUUAUUUGGAAUAACCUCCAUGAUAAACCUUCUGGCCAUCUCUAUAGACCGCUACAUUGUUAUCACCAAGCCUCUGCAGGCCAUACAGUGGACUUCCGCAAAACGCACUUGCAUCAUUAUCACUGUGGUCUGGCUCUAUUCUCUAGCCUGGAGCCUUGCACCACUUUUUGGGUGGAGUUCAUAUAUACCAGAGGGCCUGAUGACAUCCUGCACAUGGGACUAUGUGACAUCUACUCCUGCAAAUAAAAGUUACACUUUGAUGCUGUGCUGCUUUGUUUUCUUCAUCCCUCUGGGCAUUAUAUCCUACUGUUAUCUGUGCAUGUUCCUGGCAAUUCGUGAAACAAGCAGAGAUGUGGAGAAGUUGGGGUCUCAGGUGAGAAAGUCGACCCUGAUCCAGCAGCAGUCCAUCAAGACAGAAUGGAAGCUGGCCAAGAUUGCCUUUGUUGUCAUCAUAGUGUUUGUGCUUUCCUGGUCGCCCUACGCAUGUGUCACCCUCAUCGCCUGGGCUGGAUAUGGAAGCAUCCUCAACCCAUAUUCCAAAGCUGUCCCAGCUGUUAUAGCGAAGGCUUCGGCCAUCUACAACCCUUUUAUCUACGCCAUCAUUCACUCCAAAUACAGAGAUACCCUCGCAGAAAAGGUCCCCUGUCUACAUUUCCUAGCUGAGCCCCCCAGGAGGGACUGCAUGUCAGUGUCACACAGCGAGUCCUCCUUUAGGGACUCAAUGCUGAGCAGGCAGUCAUCGGUUUCCAAAACCAAAUUUCACAGAGUUUCUUCUAUGUCAACGACAGACACACAGGUUUGGAGUGAUGUGGAGCUGGAUCCUGUCGGCCAGAGCCACUGUUUAAGGUCCAGCUAUUCACUUGGAGCUCUAAAGGAAAAGGAGUACCAGUCGCUGACUAAACAAUUCAAGAAAAAGGGAAGCCAAAGCCAAGAACAGACUCCCAUUCGAGAGCAAGUUUCACUGAAUAGAUGUAAUCACAACCUGCUGCCCGAGUCCAUCAACAGACUGAUGCCGGCGGCCCGGGGUAGGGGAAGGGAGGAGAGUCGUGAAAGUUGGAAUAAUGGGAAGAAACAGGAAGAUGAGGAAGAGAAAGAGCCUGAACAUGAGAAAACUGAGGCACAGCAAAAACAGAAGGAAGACGAUGAGAAUGGCUCACAGAUCCUCAUCCAGACAGAUUCUAUGGACAAUGCUGUAUGUGUGCAAUCCAGCGUAAGACCCAGUUCAAAGGAAGACCAACUUGACCAUGGCUACUGUGAGGAAAAACAAGGUAGACAAAGCAUUGAACUGUUGUUCAACUUUGAGUCCUUGGACUGUUCUACUCAGCUUUUAGAGUCUGUGCAAAGAUUUCUCUCGCCAAUGCCAGGGAGCUAGAUGCUGAAUAUAUUUAUUUAUCUACUGUAUGUGUACCGUAAUGUAUGUGGCUAGGUUUUACUGAGACGAAGCAAGUUGUUUGACCAAGCAAGCCAAGUAUUUUUUGUUUUCAUACUGCUACUAAAACUUUUAUUUAAGCUAGUCAGCCACGCAGAGCAUGCAGGCAAUGAAAAGCAUUUUGCUUGUGCAGUCUUAUACAUAAUUAAUGAUCAACUAACAGUCAUGACACAUAUUAUUUCCAUCAAGGCUAGUUGUUAGAAUGCAAAAUCAGUUCAUGUUGUUCUGUUUAAGGGUCCCAUCAGUGCCAUCGACAACUGUCGCAAUGAAAAGACGUGUAAACGGGACUCAAAAUUCUGAGCGCAGAACCGAGUCACAAACAUUACACAUUACAUCCAAGAAUCAACUGUAUAUCACAGUUAAUUACUAAAACCAAACACGCUCAUAAUCAACUUCUUGUCAAGAGGCCAAACAGAGUCUCCUUUCGGAACGUUUUUUUAUUUUUUUGUUAGGAUGCUAACGUGCACUUGUUUACUUACUAAGGCUAGCUAUUAACCUUGACUAAAAUGAAAAAUCCUGCACUUCUGUAUUUUAUGUAAAUGUUCUGUAAAUGACGCACUGUUAACAUGUCCCUUAUGUUUUACGCUGCUGCUGUUAUGUGCUGUAAGAUUACUUUAGGCACUUUAUUACUUUUGUGUUAAGACAAAUCACGGCAGCGCAGAUUUUACAUACCCUGCCUUUAAUCCAAAGAAAAAUUCAAACACAGGAUAUGAGACACUUCUGAACCCAACUUGAAUCUUUGCCAAAUGUUUUUGUACAACCCAUGACUUCCAUUCACUGCCACUAUUUUGGGAUCCGUGUUUACAUUUUUGACAUAAAAACUUUUGCUAAUUAAACCAAGCUUUGGAGUUCAUAAAGACAUUCAACCCUUUACAUUAUCAUCUGUUAUGUUACAUAUUAUAUACCACUAUCAGAAUGAUCAAUAUUACAUUUUAAUGGUGCACGCUCUCAGGAACAGAAAUGUCGCUAAAGCAAUCUAUGGCAUUUUGCUUAUUUUCCUUCUUCAAAUAUGUAUGUGUGUAUUUGCUAUG